AUGAAGAGGCGCUCUUCAGGGUCGUCCGAGGGCAGUGUCAACUCAGAUGCGUCGAACGAGGCAGCCCCGGCCCGUUCCAAUGGACCCACGACGAUAGAUGACCACCCCAAGACUUCCGCAUACGAUGCCCCCAACACUUGUGAGACCGAACGUCGGGAAAGAAAAGAGAACACUAGCCCCAAACCCUCCUCUACAAGAAUACGUCGGCCCAGCAGUAAUCUCAAUUGGAAACCGGCGCAUGCCCGGAAUGGCUCUACUGACAAAGAAUCACGGUCUGCAUUGUCUCGAACCUCGUCCCUCGCGGUGACGGUGCCCUCAGAGAAAGAGAUGGGCGAAGAAGAAAAAAUGGCAACCAGAAGGCUACCAGGCCGUCACUUGUGGUCGCGAAGUCCUUGGACCGCGACUAUCUUGACGAUUUUGACCACAUUGGCCGGUCUCAUGACGCUGGCGACUAUCUUGAAUUCCUCUGUCACGCGCCAGUUCGACCCCAAAGGAUGCCGCAUGGCCUACACAGCGCCCAGAUAUGUGCACCUGACCGAGUUCGACACCGAGCAUACGAGGUUCGCAACCAAAUAUACAUUACAUCUGUAUCGGGAGGGAGGCGUCCACCGGGAUGGCGUGGUCAGGGGAACACCGGUGCUCUUUAUCCCCGGAAAUGCCGGCAGUUACAAGCAGGUCAGGUCUCUUGCGGGCGAAGCGGCGCGUUAUUUUCACGAUGAGCUGCGGAACGACCCGAAUGCGGUCGAAGCCGGCAUCAAGGACCUGGAUUUCUUCACGGUGGAUUUCAAUGAAGAUUUUACCGCUUUUCACGGCCAAACCAUGUUGGACCAGGCCGAGUAUUUGAACGAGGCUAUUCGAUAUAUACUGUCUCUCUACUUGGAUCCGCGCACUUCUGCGCCCCGAGACCCCGACGUGCCGGACCCGAGUUCCGUUAUCGUAGUAGGACAUUCCAUGGGGGGCAUUGUUGCGCGGACCAUGUUGAUCAUGCCAAACUACCAAUCCAACUCCAUCAAUACGAUAGUGACAAUGUCCGCUCCGCAUGCACGACCUCCAAUCAGCUUCGACUCCCAAAUUGUCAAAAUCUACGACGACAUUAACACCUACUGGAGGCAUGCUUACUCUCAGAAAUGGGCAAACAACAAUCCACUGUGGCACGUUACUUUAGUGUCUAUCGCUGGGGGCAAUCUGGAUACUGUGGUUCCUUCCGACUAUGCCAGCGUGGAGUCGAUCGUACCAGAAACGCAUGGUUUCACGGUAUUCACAACUACAAUACCGACUGUUUGGACCAGCGUGGAUCAUGCAGCAAUCUUGUGGUGUGACCAGUUUAGAAAAGUGGUAGUACGAGCCCUGUAUGACGUUGUCGACACUGAUAGGGCUGCCCAAACAAAGCCACGGGCCGAAAGACUGAGGGUCUUCAAGAAGUGGUUCCUAACUGGAAUGGAGGACGUGGCAGAGAAGUCCCUGCCCCAGACCGAGCCCCAGAUCCUCCUUACCCUAGACGACAACUCGAACUCCAUAAUUAGACAAGGCGAGCGACUGAUACUCCGUGAAUUGGGUGGGGUAGGAAAGCUCAAGGCACAUUUGAUUCCAGUCCCACCCAUUGGCUCUUCGGAUCGCAAGCGGUUUACGUUGCUUACCGACACUAGUUUGGAUCAAUCGGGAGGAAAUGGGAAACUCGAGGUGCUAUUCUGCAGUAUAUUCCCUUUACAACCUGGCCAGUCUAAUAUCCUGUUCUCCAUGAACAUGGAUAUUUCCGGUGACAGUACGGGAUCAACCAGGCUAGCUUGCAAGAAUGCGGCUUCAGAUCUGAUCACCCUCCCGAGGUCGACACGAGACACCAAAUUGCCAUUCUUUCUGGAACACGAGAAACCGAUAGAACCGAUUUCGUAUCUCCAGUAUGACCUCGAGGAUGUUGCCGAUCAUCAAUUCGUGGCCGUCAUUGAUAAAGCCACCACGCGCACGCCUGGAUGGGUCGUGGCCGAAUUCAGCGAUGCCAGACAGUUUCACCUGACGCGUCACAUCAGCUUACGCCGCCUCCUGACCAUGGGUAUGCAGGCUCAUCUUCCGUCGCAUCGCCCCUUGGUAACGGAUAUGAGAAUUCCUUCUAUCCAAAGCAGCCUGUUAGCGUACAGCUUGGAGAUCAGCGAGCAGUCGUGCAAUGGGCAGGACGAACUGUUCGCACCACUCGUGCGACAGUUCAUAACUGAGCCCUAUGAGUCCAAGUUCUUCGUCAACGCCAGACAAGCUAAGAUCAGCAUCCACGGAGUUGCGCCUUAUGUGCCACCACCCAUGAAGGCGAAAAAGUCCGAUGAUGGUCUCAGUCUCCAAUUCUGGACAGACCCAUCGUGCGAUUCGAGCAUCUCCAUUCAGUUGAAGGUGGACCUUUUGGGCAGUCUGGGAAAGCUGUACAUGCGUUAUCGAACUGUAUUUGCGGCAUUCCCUUUACUGGUGGUGACGUUGGUAUUGCGCAAGCAGUUCCGCGUCUACGACAGUACAGGCGUGUUCAUCUCUUUCCUCGACAGUCUGGGCAUCUGCCUCCGACAGUCCCUUCCGCUUCUUCUGUUGUCUCUCACCCUAUUUGCACUGUCAAUGGGGCGAGCAGAUGGUCCCCGAUCAAGCGGCAAUGGACUUUGGCCAUGGCGGAACAGCACUGCUGCCAUUGACUACAAGCAGAAUGACCUUCUGAUUGGAACUGCCGACCCAUUUUUCUGGUUUCUGGUACCGAUGAUUGGCCUUGUCUGCAUCGGAGUUUGCACAGCUAUGCACUAUAUGGCCCUGUCGCUCACGUAUAUAUUCAGCGUCCUACAUAGUUGGGUCAGCGUGCGUCCCGCCUGGAUUAGGCAUGAUGACAGGAGGCGAGCGUUGUCGCCUGUGUUCAUGCCAUCAUCGCCUAGACGACGAUUGAUCACCACAGGAAUUCUCCUCUUUUCCGUCUCAACCUUUAUUCCUUACCAGUUCGCGUAUCUGGUUGCGUGUCUGGUCCAGUUGAGCACGAGCGUGCGCGGGCUCCGGUUCGCCCGCGAGGUUCCUUCCCCGGGAAACUCCAACUUCUGCAACUACUCGCACUCGAUACUCCUGCUCAUGCUCUGGGUACUGCCCAUCAACAUGCCUACUCUGGUCGUUUGGGUGCGCAAUUUAGCGGUCCGUUGGUUUACGCCAUUCUCUUCACACCACAAUGUGCUCUCGAUUCUACCUUUCAUCUUACUCGUGGAAACUUUGACGACGGGCAAGAUGGUUCCUCGAGUGACAAGCCGCCUCCGGCACGUCACAAGCGUCCUGCUAUUCGGUAUUGCCGUAUAUGCAGCUAUAUACGGCGUGUCCCACGCCUACAUGCUGCAUUACCUGGUCAAUCUGGUCGCGGCCUGGCUUAUUGCCGUCCAUUCGACAGCGGACCGGUGGUCACUUUCAGGGCUGAGGUGUAUUUUUGACGCUGAUUUUGUCAAUGAUCGAAAGCAAGGCAAAACACCCUGA